AUGUGGUGGACGGAGGACUUGGAGACGAAAAUGAUGCGGGCGGCGUACGGUGACACGCGCACGUACAAACCUUACGAUCUCCAACGGCACUCGGAGCUCCGAGAAGAAAUUGUUCUAUGUCCUGCGGCAAUAAAAACAAGGAAAUCUGGCGACCGGUCGCCAGCAAUGUUGCUGGAAAUGCGUCAUGUCGGCUGGUAUACGGCCAGACCAACCGGUCAAAGACGAUAUUUCACUCGUCGAGUUGGCAAAGCCGGGUACAUGAAAUUCCGGAUCGCAGACGCGAAUACGGGUGCCAUAUUGGGUGAAAAGAAACUAAAUGACUCGUGGAAAAAAGCUGAUGCGAAUUCCGAGAUUCGCACUGGACAGUAUCGGCGAUUCCAGUCCGACUACACCGGAAAAGAAUGA